UGGUAUGAUUAUGUGUGCGCUACCGAUAGUAUAAAGAUUCCUCUUUAUAACCUCAAUAAUAAUAUAAUAUCUAUAUAUGAGACAAAAAGGUUAAUAAUAAAUACACCCAUUUGAGUUGACCAAUAUUAUCAGGUACCUAAAGAGCACACAGAGAAAAGAAAGAGAAAUGGAAAACGGAAUGAAUAAGGCGAAGAAAUGUUGGGGAUUCAGAGGAAAUCCAGAGCUGAGCAAGGCGGCUGACACAACAGUCAGAGGUGUGGUAUAUAUGCUGUUAGCCAAGCUGAACCAGUCAGACCCCAGAAACGUCAUCCCUCUUGGUCACGGCGAUCCUUCUGCUUUUCCAUGUUUCCGUACUUCUCAAUCUGCUCAAGAUGCAAUCGUGGACUCCCUUCGUUCUGCCAAGUAUAACGGAUAUUCGCCCACCGUCGGUAUUCUCCCUGCUAGAGUGGCUGUAGCGGAAUAUCUAUCUCAAGAUCUUCCAAAUAAACUUUCACCAGAUGAUAUAUUCCUGACAGUAGGUUGCACACAAGCUAUUCAAACCAUAUUAACCGUUCUUGCCGAUUCCAAAGCAAACAUUCUACUCCCUAGACCCGGGUUCCCGUAUUAUGAAGCUGUUGCUCAAUCAUGCCAUUUGGAAGUCCGUCACUUUGACCUUCUUCCAGAGAAUGGCUGGGAAGCUGAUCUUGAUGCAGUCGAAGCUCUUGCAGAUGAAAAUACAGCUGCCAUCGUUAUAAUUAACCCUGGAAAUCCUUGUGGCAAUGUUUACACAUACCAACAUUUACAGAAGGUUGCUGAGACUGCAAAGAAGCUUGGAAUAUUAGUGAUCGCUGAUGAAGUUUAUGAUCAUCUUGCUUUUGGGAAAAACCCUUUUGUUCCUAUGGGAGUUUUUGGAUCACUUACGCCCGUUGUUACACUUGGUUCCAUAUCCAAAAGAUGGAUUGUUCCUGGUUGGCGGCUCGGGUGGCUUGUCAUCAAUGAUUCUAAUGGCGUCCUCAAAGAACACGGGAUCAUUGAUUGCAUAACAGGAUAUCUUAAUAUAUCCUGUGACCCUCCAACGUUUAUCCAGGGAGCAGUUCCUGAUAUACUUGGAAAAACCAAAGAAGAUUUUUUUACAAAUAUUGUAAGUAUUAUAAAAGAAGCUGCAAAUACUUGCUAUGAUGGGAUAAAUGAUGUCCCUGGUAUAAUCUGCCCCAGCAAGCCUGAAGGAUCGAUGUUUGUAAUGGUGAAAAUAGAUAUUUCCGUCUUUGAGGACAUUCAGGAUGAUGUGGACUUCUGUGUCAAGCUUGCGCAAGAAGAGUCGGUUAUAAUCCUACCAGGUAUAACCGUCGGACUCAAGAACUGGCUGCGGGUAACCUUUGCAAUCGAACCUUCAGCUCUUGAAGAAGGCAUUAAGAGGCUUAAAGUUUUUUGUGAAAGGCAUUCAAAGAAAGCUUAAAACAUAAGCAACACUUAUUGGAUCAUCUCUCUUUGAUCUCCCCACAUUUCCUGAAUAAGGAAACAUGUUGGAUCGUCAACUGCUCGUUGGAUCGUGUAAUACAAGUUAUAUGUCUCUAUAUGCCCGUAUGCUUAAUUAUGUACUAUUACUUGAAUAAACUACAUUUCAUUGGAAGGUUGCAUCUGCGCUUCCUUGUAUCUACACAGUGGUUCUUUUUCGGUCACAUCUUUAGUAUGAAAAGGGUAAUCUCAACCAUGAAAGUAAAUCCAGUUGCUGGAAAUAGCUACAGUUUCGCAUGAGGUGUUGACUUUUUAAUUUACUCGUAUUCUCUUUGUAAAGUGUUCUGUUUUUCAUUUAGUUCCAAAGGUUUUGGUUAUGGGAAA